AUGAAAGCCAUUCGGUACAUACAUUCCCCAUUGAAACGAUCUGCAUCAUCCGAAUUAGAUGCAUCAAUACCGGCAAUGGCUGCCUCCUCACCAGUAGUAAGUGCAUCUGCUGGAUAUUAUUAUGCACAUCAACCACCACAACCACAACCACCACCACCACCACCAACAACAACAACAAUGAAUUUUCAAGAUCAUCAUCAACAACAACAGUCACAAACUCUACAUACUCAAUUACAAUCACCACAGCAGCAACAACAACAACUGCAAGCAGUUCUGCAUUCCACUUCUUCAUUACCACUUUUUGGAAAUACAACAAAUAUUCAUCCAGGAACUUCAAUGCAACCAAGUGGUUCAUUUGCAUAUAACAUUUCGCAUUCAACAACUAAUCCAUCUUCAUUUGAUUCAUCUAAUUUAUAUAAUUCUGCAUUUAGAGUACCAGAAUACCCAAUAAAUUCUAAUACAACUACCACAUCUUCGUCUUCAUUAUUGUCUGCCACAGGUGGUAAACAGUUUCAACAGACUUCUGCAUUAUUACCAUCAGGUACAUUACCCCCAUCGUCAUUAGGUACAUCUUCCACUUCCCUGCAUGUUUCAGCUUUAAGACAGCAUCAAAAAAAUAAUUUGUCUAUUUCUUCCCAUUUAACUUUGUUUAGUUUAAGUGGUAAUAAUCCACCACCUCUCCCACCACAGCAACCGCAACCACAGCAACACCCACUCCAACAUCAUCCUCAGCCACUCCAACCAAUACUAUCUGGAUCUUCAUCUUCAGAAGAAACAAAGAGGACAGACAAAGAAAAUUCUGUUAUUCUAAAUGAGUUAUUGUUCAAUUUAACUUCAGUUGACGGUUCUAAUAUUAAUAGCUUCUUACUCACCAUGUUGCGCAAAAUCAAUUUGCCAUUUACAUUGGAUGAUUUUUACAACUUAUUAUACAAUGAUAGACAGCGUUCGUUGUUGGACAAUAUCAGUUACCAGAAUAAAAUUGACAAGACGGUUGUUAGUUCAAAUACUAAUGAAAUGGCGGUUGACUUAAUUAAUCAAUUGUUGAAUGUUUUCAAGAAUCCAAAUUUACUAAUUGAAUAUUUCCCUAAUUUGGAAGAUAAAGAUAAUAAGUUGGUUAAUAUCAAUUAUCAUGAAUUACUUCGUACUUUUCUUGCCAUUAAAAUUUUAUAUGAUAUUUUAAUUCAAUUGCAAUUGAGUGAUGAAGAUGAUCCACAACAUUAUACCAUUCCAAGAUUGUCCAUUUAUAAGACUUACUACAUUAUUUGUCAGAAAUUAAUUGCUAGUUACCCCAGUGCAUCUAAUACAAGAAAUGAACAACAAAAAUUAAUACUUGGACAAUCCAAAUUGGGAAAAUUGAUUAAGUUGGUAUAUCCAAAUUUGUUAAUCAAACGUUUAGGCAGUAGAGGAGAGUCAAAAUACAAUUAUCUUGGAGUAAUGUGGAAUGAAAAUAUAGUUCAACAUGAGAUUAAGCAAUUAUGUGAAGAUCAUGAUUUGAAUGAUUUGGGAGAGAUAUUCAACAACGACCACAACAACCCUUUUGCAACUUUGGCUACUUCAAGUGGCAAUGUCACCACUAGUUCAUCUCCAAGACGAGGAUUAGGUCAUCGAAGAAAUUCAUCUAAGCUGAAACUCAAGUCUGAGAAUAUACUAGGCAAUAAUCCGUUUUUGCAGCCAUUACAUAGUUCAUCUUCACUUAGUCAACCACACCAACAACAGCAACAUUCUCAACUUCAUCAACAACAACAUCACCAUCACCAACACUCUCUUCAUCCUCAAAAUAUAUCAGAACCAUCAUCAGCAGUUAUUCCACAACAAUUACCAGAAUAUGAAAAUGCCAUUUCUGCACCCCGUUUAUCUUUUGUUAAACUGAACUUGAAAUACCCUAUUGAUGUUAACUUUUCAGUUUUGGAUGACAACAAUUGGUUUGUUACUUUGCUUUAUGAAAGCUAUUCCAGACAACCAAGUAUUAAUCCAAGUUUGAUUCAACAAAUAUUCCUCAAGAAUGAGUUUUUGCUAAACAGUUCUAGUUUGUUAAGAAAUUUAAUCGAUAGUGUAAUCAAGCCAUUGACCAUGGAGGAAACUUAUCCAAAUGUUGAUUUAACAUUAUACUUGAUUAUUAUUCUUGAAAUUUUGCCUUAUUUAUUGUUGGUGAAAUCAUCCACGAAUAUUAAUUUGUUGAAAAACUUGCGUUUGAAUUUAUUGCAUUUGAUUAAUAAUUUGAAUGGUGAAUUGAAGAAAUUAAAUUCUCCAAAGUUCCCAAUUGAGAGAUCUACUAUAUUUUUAAUUCUGGUUAAGAAAUUGAUCAAUUUGAAUGACUUGUUAAUUACAUUUAUCAAAUUGAUUAAUAGAGAUUCAAGUAAGGCUAUGAUGUCCCAUGAUAUUGAAAAUUUCUUAAAGAUUAGCUCACAAACCAUCAAGAUGGAUGACGAUGAUAGCAACUUCUUUUUUAAUUUGAAUACUACAUCAAUGGGUGAAGUGAACUUCAGUUUCAAGAAUGAUAUCUUGUCGAAUGAUUUGAUUUAUACUUUGAUUGGUUAUAAUUUUGAUCCAAAUGUCAAUAGUGAAUUAAGAAAUUCCAUUUCCAUGAAUUUCAUCAAUGAAGAAAUCAAUAUCAUUGAUGAGUUUUUCAAGAAUGAUUUAUUGAAUUUCUUGAAUACAGACUUUGACACUGGUUUGGGUGGUGAAGUUGAUGUGGAUGAAGAAAGCGGUCUUGUUAUUGAUCCUACACCAACACAAAGAAUUCCAACUCAUGGUUCACAUGGUGGGUCAUUAUCUCCAGAAGGUAUUUCCACAACCAAUGCUUCAGUACCACCAAUUAGAAACACUUCGAUGAUAGAUGCUCAGGCGGCCAAUAAACAAGUACCAACCUCAUCAUCAUCACCAUCAUCAAGUGGCAAUGAAGCAGUUUUGACUCUGAAAGAAAUGGUGAAGUUGAAUUCAUUGCUUAGUUUAAUUGACAAAAGGUUGUUAUCCAAUCAAUUCAAAUCAAAAUAUCCAAUUUUGAUGUACAAUAAUUGCAUUACUUAUAUCUUGAAUGAUAUAUUAAAAUUCAUCUUUUUGAAACAACAACAACAGCAAUUACAAAGUACUACUGCUACUGGUGGAGCAAAUACCGGUGUACCUGGAUCAAGUGAUACACAACAGGAUCCAAUUCCAGGAUCAAGUACAAAUAACGGGUCCAAUAACAGUUUUGGUAAUUGGUGGGUAUUUAACUCAUUUAUUCAAGAGUAUAUGAGUCUAAUGGGAGAGAUUGUUGGGUUGCAUGAUAGUUUACAAUAG